CUGUAAUCAAUAAUGAUUGAUCACUCAUCUUGGUGUCCAUCUUCACACCAUCCAGCACACCGCGCUGCACGUGUUGGCUCCCCUUGCCCUACUCUACCACAGCCUCGCUCUGGCGAAUCCAAGCAGCGAGGUCCGCUUGCACGAUGUAUCUUCUGGGAGCGCACCUGCCAGACGACAAGCUGGUGCGGAUCGCCCUGACAGCCUUCUACGGCAUAGGCUACAGCCAAGCAAGCAAGCUUUGCUCUCGUCUUUCGUUGCACAAACAUGCCAAAGUAGAGAACCUUACGGAUGCUCAGAUCAACCUUUUAUCCGCCUACCUUUCCAGUCCAGGCUCUAUCCCUGCAAGACCAGCCAAUCCCACCACUCCAGAUGUCAAUUUCAUCUUGAGCGACUCCGGCUCCACUUCUUCCUCGGCCUCGCCUUCGGCUGGUCCAGGAGCAAGCUCCGGGUCUGAGGGUAGCUCUGCAUCAGACGCGAAGCUGCCUCCGAGCCAAAGACAUAAUCCUGCAGACGAUCCUCUCAGGUCAAUCGUACUGGAAGCGGAUCUUCGACGGGUGCACGUCGCCAACAUUACGCAUCACAGGACGGUAGGGUCUUAUAAGGGAAGAAGACACGCUCAAGGUUUUCCUGUCAGAGGUCAGAGGACUCAGACGAAUGCUAGGACCGCAAAGAAGCUCAACAGGAUAGAGAGGAGAGGCUUCAGCACGUCCACCUUCGCUCAGAGCACUUCGAGCACUUCAUCGUCUUCGCGUAGCCCAGGACCAGUCACGGCUCUCAUUGGUAGCAUGGCACGACCUCGAUUCGCUCAGCUCAGGAAUGCGGACGCACCGCGAUAAUGCGGAAGCGCACUUAAAGUAUCCCACGAUCACUUCGACGCCUUCCGCGAAGCCCGCGUGGCAUGGCAAUCAAUGGUUCUAGUCCAGGCAACACGUGCAAUUGCGAGAUGGAUGUGUGAUUGUAAGAUUGUAAUGCGUGGCUGAUACAAAUUCAGGACCUGUAGACGAGCGACGAGGAUGGUAGACGUGGUCAGCGAUCAAAGAGCUUCCACAAGGCCUUUACUUUUGCAUCCUUCAGGACCAGCUCACCUGUAAUCGCCGUUGAUCUGUAGACAACACGAGGCCAGGACGGGAAAUUUAGGUAGGCGCUUAGCUCAAAUGCACGCACGUUCCACUUCGAGUGACUCAGCGUUUGCUCACAGAAAUGUACUCUUUGCUAAAGUCGCAAGUCCAGUAGCAAGCCUCCUCCUUAGCACUUU